GGAAACGUCGUCGAGGUCCCCUCCUCCGCUCACACUGCUGGCGGGUGAAGUAGCUCUUCUCCUCUUCGCGCUCGACAUUGAUGGGCUUAACGACGUGCUACAUAACAAAGAAAGCAGUGAUUUCAUGCCGCACUCCAUCCGCAGACGUGCGCUCGUCUUUGACGUCAGGAGGCGCACAGCGGAGCGGCGCUGCGCACAAGCCCGGCCAGCAGCAGCACAUCUCUCCCGGAGGCAAGGAGCGCACAACCCCGGGCACAGAUCGCCAUUUAGCUGUAGUGUGGCGCAUCCCAUCAGCGCGACAGGAUGCCUCUAGGAGAGGACGGCAACGGAUGGAAGAAGAAGACAUCCGACAUUAAAGAACAUUAUGACUUCAAAGAAGUGCUGGGGACGGGAGCUUUCUCUGAGGUGCUUCUUGCUGAAGAAAAGAGGACCCAGAGGCUGGUGGCCAUCAAGUGCAUCCCAAAGAAAGCUCUGGAAGGCAAAGAGAACAAUAUAGAGAAUGAGAUUGCAGUACUGCACAGAAUCAAGCACCCCAACAUCGUUUCGCUGGAGGACAUCUUUGAAAGCACGUCUCAUCUGUACCUCGUCAUGCAGCUUGUAUCAGGUGGCGAGUUGUUUGACAGAAUUGUGGAGAAGGGCUUCUACACAGAGAGAGAUGCCAGCCAGCUCAUACACCAGAUCUUGGAUGCAGUCAAAUAUCUCCAUGAUAUGGGCAUUGUGCACAGAGACCUAAAGCCAGAGAAUUUGCUGUAUUACAGCAUGGAUGAAGACUCUAAGAUCAUGAUCAGUGACUUUGGCCUGUCGAAGAUCGAGGGAGCAGGCAGCGUUAUGUCCACAGCCUGCGGGACUCCCGGAUAUGUGGCUCCUGAGGUGCUCGCCCAGAAGCCGUACAGCAAAGCAGUCGAUUGCUGGUCCAUAGGAGUCAUUUCGUAUAUUCUACUUUGCGGGUAUCCUCCAUUUUACGACGAGAACGACGCCAAGUUGUUUGAGCAAAUCCUGAAAGCGGAGUAUGAAUUUGACUCUCCGUACUGGGAUGAUAUCUCAGAUUCAGCCAAAGACUUCAUCUGCCACAUGAUGGAGAAGGAUUCUUCAAAAAGAUACACAUGUGAACAGGCCCUACAGCACCCAUGGAUCUGCGGAGACACUGCUCUGGACAAGAACAUCCAUGAAUCCGUCAGUGCUCAAAUCAAGAAAAACUUUGCCAAAAGCAAGUGGAAGCAAGCGUUCAACGCCACGGCAGUGGUGCGCCACAUGCGCAGGUUGCAGCUGGGGACCAGCGUGGAGGGACCUAGUCAGAUCACUCCCACCAGCCCCUGCCAUGGACUCCUGCUCCCUGAGGAGGAAGAGGAAGAUGAGUUGGGGAAUGGCGAGAAUGAGAGCUUGUCCCACCACAGCGAUGAUCGUCGCGGAAGCGCCGAGGGGAGCACGGACCGGGACAGCCUGAGGAGCUGCACUUACUGCUGCAGGCCGGCCAGCCGCAUCUGAAUACAACCUCACUGACCUUUUUUUCCUUUUCUUUCUGAAAUUCAUUUUUUGUUUAUUUUUUCUUAAUUGAUGAUAUUGAGACCCUCUGGAGUGCACAGAGAGCUGCUGCCCACCCAGUCUAGCCAGGAAUGCAGAGUAGAGCUCAGCACGCACCAUCCAGCGUGUGGACCAUUGUCCUGACAGUGUCCCCUAAUGACAGACGUUGCUAUGUUACAGCGAGCUCUAAUUGCAACUAUUCUUUCAAACGCCACUGUGCUGCAGUUUGUUAUGUUUAAGGCCAUCUGCUUAUUUUUUGCCUUCUUUCAUUCCCAUGUUGUCUCAGUGAGUGUUUCUCAACCUUUAUUGAGCCAAGGCACAUACAGUACUGUAUUUUCACGACCAUAAGGCGCACUUAAAAGUCUUAAAAUUGUCUCCAAAAUGGACGGGCCGCCUUAUAAUGCAGCGCGCCUUAUGUGUGCACAGAGUUCCAAAAUCUGUAAAUGUUGUUGUGUGACUUUGAUGAGCGCUCCGCUUGACUGACUGGGAGCAUUUCCUGCCGACACAUUGCUUAUAUAGAGGAAAGGCGGACGUGACUGAGGACAGCAUGCGGACGUUAAAUGGGGAAGGGUGCGCAUGAAAGAGGACGCUAAAGGCACGCCCCCAGUAGGUAUAUGCAUUGUGCAAAACAACAUCGGUUUGGCUAAGGACCCCCGAAAAUGGAACCUACAAAGAGACACGCUUUACGAAGCGCAGUUUAAACUGCAAGCUAUCAGUUACGCGGAGGAACAUGGGAAUCGAGCAGCCGCGAGAGAAUUCAAGAUCAACGAAUCCAUGGUUAGCAAGUGGAGGGAGCAGGAAAACGCCGGCAUCAUUGCUGAACAGCCCCCCGGCAACGAGACUGACUCGGACAAUGACGAGAGGGAACUCGGCAUGUUUGAUGGAGAAUUUGCCCAGCUGUUCAUUUCGGAUACAGAAGAGGAGGACUUUGAUGGAUUUGUGGAUGAGGAUUGAUAAAAAAAUAACGCGAGUACAUUGUUAAAUACUUCAAUAAGGUACAACCAAACUCAGUUUUGCUCCCGCUGCCUUUUUAAAAACAGGCUAGCAUGCAUUUUACCAUCCCUGCGCCCAAUAAUACGGUGCGCCUUAUGUAUGUGUUAAAUACAGAAAUAGACCCUGUAACUGAGACUGCACCUUUUAAUACGGUGUGCCUUAUGGUCGCGAAAAUACGGUACUUAUAAUUUUAAAUUUGGUGAUAUUUGGUUUUCAGGUGAAGUUUCAGGGUGAACCUAAAAGGCACUGUAACCUUUUCAGGUAAACUUAAUUUGACUUCAAAAGGUUUGAAUGCACGUCCAAUUGUUCAUUGUUUCACUACUUUUUGCCCAACUUACUGUUGCUGAAUGGCAAAAUUCCCAAAACGUUUAUGAUCCAUGAAUCGACCAAAACAUUUCCUGGUUGAAUUAGAAAUGGCAUUUACACAGUCCUAUUCAUUAUGCUGUUGACAUUUUGACAGCAUGAGACCAAGACAAAACCUAACAAUUGAUCAAGAGUGCUUUGCCACAGCGAGACUUCAAACAGGAUGUUCUCAGACCCAGUGGCGGGCUUUGCUUGAAUGACGCCCUGUGCAAGACCACCCCCCCCAACACACACACCGGAUUGGACCUUAUAUUUCCUUUAAAACAUAUUUAAUUAUAAUUAUAGAAGUGGAGAUCCUGGGAAAUGUAUUGGUCCAUUCAUGGAUCCCCCCCCCGGACGCCUCCCCGGUGAGGUGUUCCGGGCACGUCCCACCGGGAGGAGACCCCGGGGACGACCCAGGACACGCUGGAGAGACUACGUCUCUCGGCUGGCCUGGGAACGCCUCGGGAUCCCCCCGGAAGAGAUGGAUGAAGUGGCUGGGGAAAGGGAAGUCUGGGUGUCCCUGCUAAAGCUACUGCCCCCGCGACCCGACCUCGGAUAAGCGGUAGAAGAUGGAUGGAUGGAUGGAUGGCAUUCAUGGAUUCAUCACCUUUUGUGAAUUUUGCCCUUCAGCUCCUUGUUAGAUACAGCAAGUGGUGCAAAAAGUACUGAAACAUUGACCUCCAUCCAUCCAUUUUCUGAGCCGCUUCUCCUCACUAGGGUCGCGGGCGUGCUGGAGCCUAUCCCAGCUAUCAUCGGGCAGGAGGCGGGGUACACCCUGAACUGGUUGCCAGCCAAUCGCAGGGCACAUACAAACUAACAACCAUUCGCACGCACAGUCACACCUGCGGGCAAUUUAGAGUCUUCAAUUAAUGCAUGUUUUUGGGAUGUGGGAGGAAACCGGAGUGCCCGGAGAAAACCCACGCAGGCACGGGGAGAACAUGCAAACUCCACACAGGCGGGGCCGGGGAUUGAACCCAGGUCCUCAGAACUGUGAGGCUGACGCUCUAACCAGUCAUCCACCGUGCCGCGCUGAAACAUUGACCUGUGCAUUCAAAAUGUUAGAGGUCAAAUUAAGUUCACAAAGGUUAUAGUGCAUCUUAGCUUUAUCCUGAAAUUUCACCCAAAACUCGAAUAGCCUUAACUUUUUGUGAGUAGUGCAUUAUACGUUAGAAAAAUCUCAUGGCACACAAACAAACAAUAAUGCCACUAAAUGUAUACACAGUACAGUAUUGCAAAAUAUUAUCUUGUCUCAAUUUACUCACAAAUUGACUUACAGAGUAUGAAAUCUCGGUUAGUAUGGAGAUUAUUUUGUUUGGUUUGUUUUAUGGCUGUUCUGUUAUUAGAGGCUCACACUGAGAUACUCCUAUACGUUCCUCCUCCAUGAAUUGUUGUAAUGGAAAGUACCACUUAGUCUAAGGGGCACAGUUAAAGCCCAAAAACAUGCAUCCAUCACAUUUCUAUAUGGCUUAUCCUGUUCAGGGUCGCAGGGAGCUGCAACCGAUCUCAGCUGACUUUGGGUGAAAGGCAAGAAUGCACCCUGGACUGAUCGGCAGUCAAUCACAGACAACCUGAGUGGUAACUGAACCCACGCAAGUCAGGCGAGUGAACCGUCACAGCAUCAGUCACUAUCCCCAAAAACAUUUAACCCACAAAUGCUCGUCAUAUAUAAUGAAAAAUGCUUGCCCGACCAUUGCAUCAUAUUUUUAAAUGCUCGUCAUAUAUAUCAAAAAAUGCUUGUUCGAUCAUUGCAUCAUAUUUUUUCAUAAACUCAUUAUGUCUAUGUUCUAAACACUUAAAUGGCCCCACGAUAGUACUAAGGUUCAGCCUAACUAUCUGGGAUCACAGUGUGGGUGCUCCACCUGCUCUGUGCUGUGCAAUCUCUAGUGGAAGUCGGUCUAGUGUUUGCAUGACCUGGUUAAAUGUUUACAUGAAUGAUGAUCAAUUAGUAUACACACAUGAUGAUGAUGAUUAUAUUAUUGUUAUUACUUCUACUGUUGUAUUGCCAAUGAUGUACUCCUGUAAUUUUUUAGCUAUAUAAUGUGAAGUGAGUAACACCAAAAGAAAUGUUGACAAAGUACAAAAACACAGCACAGUGGACAUAUUGUUUGACAUUUUUCGCAAAUUCAUGCCCCCAGCCCCCUCCCCCCCCCCCAUGUCUUUUCAUGUGUGAACUACUCAAUGGACAAAAGUAUUGGGACACAUGACACCUGCAGUGGAGCAAAAAAGUAUUUAGUCAUCCACCAAUUGUACAAGUUCUCCCAAUUAAAAAGAUUAGAGAGGCCUGUAAUAUUCAUAGGUAUACCUCACCUAUGAGACAAAAUGAGAGAGAGAAAAAAUAAAUCCAGAAAAUCACAUUGUCUUGAUUGGAAAAUAAGUAUUUGGUCAACAACAAAAGUUUAUUUCAAUACUUUGUUAUAUACCCUUUGUUGGCAAUGACAGAAGUCAACCGUUUUCUGUAAGUCUUCACAAGGUUUUCCCACACUGGUAUUUUGGCCCAUUCCUCCAUGCAGAUCUCCAAUAGAGCAGUGAUGUUUCGGGGCUGUCAGACUUUCAACUGCCCCAAAGAUUUUCUAUGGGGUUGAGAUCUGGAGACUGGCUAGGCCGCUCCAGGACCUUGAAAUGGUUCUUAUGAAGCCUCUCCUUCGUUGCCCGGGCAGUGUGUUUGGGAUCACUGUCAUGCUAAAAAGACCCAGACUUGUUUCAUCUUCAAUUCCCUUACUGAUGGAAGGAGGAUUUCACUCAAAAUCUCACGAUACAUGGCCCCAUUCAUUCUUUCCUUUACACAGAUCAGUCAUCCUCGUCCCUUUGCAGAAAAACAGCCCCAAAGCAUGAUGUUUCCACCACCAUGCUUCACAGUAGGUAUGGUGUUCUUUGGAUGCAACUCAGCAUUCUUUCUCCUCCAAACAUGACAAGUUGAGUUUUUACCAAAAACUUCUAUUUUGGUUUCAUCUAACCAUAUGACAUUCUCCCAAUCCUCUUCUGGAUCAUCCAAAUGCUCUCUAGCAAACUUCAGACGGGCCUGGACAUGUACUGGCUUAAGCAGGGGGAAACGUCUGGCACUGCAGGAUUUGAGUCCCUGGCGUCGUAGUGUGUUACUGAUGGUAGCCUUUGUUACUUUGGUCCCAGCUGUCUGCAGGUCAUUCACUCGGUCCCCCAGUGUGUUUCUGGGAUUUUUGCUCACCGUUCUUGUGAUCAUUUUGACCCCACGGGGUGAGAUGUUGCGUUUAGCCCCAGAUCAAGGGAGAUUAUCAGUGGUCUUGUAUGUCUUCCAUUUUUUAAUAAUUGCUCCCACAGUUGAUUUCUUUACACCAAGCUGCUUACCUAUUGCAGAUUCAGUCCAUCGUGGUGCAGGUCUACAAUUUUGUUUCUGGUGUCCUUUGACAGCUCUUUGGUCUUGGCCAUAGUGGAGUUUGGAGUGUGACUGUUUGAGGUUGUGGACAGGUGUAUUUUAUACUGCUAAUGAGUUCAAACAGGUGCCAUUAAUACAGGUAAUGAGUUGAGGACAGAAGAAGUUACAGGUCUGUGAGAGCCAGAAAUCUUGCUUGUUUGUAGGUGACCAAUUACUUAUUUUCCACCAUAAUUUGCUAAUAAAUUCUUUAAUUUAAAAUUAAUCAAUAUAAAAAUAAUUCUUGAAAUUCAGAUUUUCUGGAUUAAUUUUUCUUUCUGGAUUUUUCUUUUUGUUUUUUUUAUAGGUGAGGUAUACCUAUGAUGAAAAUUACCGGCCUCGCUCAUCUUUUUAAGUGGGAAAACUUGCACAAUUGGUGGCUGACUAAAGACUUUUUUGCCCCACUGUACAUGAAGUGAAAAUGGAGGAAAAUAUGGAGUUGGUCAAUCUUUUGCAGCUAUAAUAACCCUCUUUUACACAGAGAACCUGCAAAAUUUCUGCAUCAGAGCUGCAAAAGAAGAUUUACCCAUAUUAGCCUUUUACACAUAACCCAGUGCAAUAGUAUACAGUGAUGCCUUGCAAUACGAGUGACCUGACUUUUCAAGAUGUGGGCCGUCGUUCAGUGAUUUUGAGAAACUUGAUAAAUGAGCACUGCAUUGUGACAGUGAUCUUAACUCAACUCACUUCAGAACAAACAGCAGUUUGGCAAAAAGUAAACCACUCCCAGUUGAAGUUUAUUGUCAAACAAAACAUAGUUGUCUUAAAGUCCGCUAAUUUAAUGCUAACACUUGAAACGCCAUAGACGGGCUAACCGAUAACAGCUGUGUCGCGGUGUUACAAAGCUUUAAGCAACAAAUAUUUGAAUAUUUGAACACAAAACAGUGGAGCAACACAUGUAGAUGAGUGAUAAAACAAUACUCAAAGGCAUAGUCUUUAUCCUCUACAAAGAACAACUCGUGGGAGAGUGGAAGAGUGGGAGAAAAUACCACCUGAGAAGUGCAAAAAGCUUAUAGAUGGGUACAAGAAACAUUUGGAGGCUGUCAUCGCUGCCAAAGUGCGCGCAACCAAAUAUUAAGGUCGCCUGCCAAUAUUGCUGCACAUGCUAUUUUCAGUUUUUUUUCCCCUUCAAUAUCUAAGUUAAAAAAAAAACACAUUUCUUUGUUAAAUUACUUUGGACCUCCAAUUAAAAGAUUCUGAUGGUAUUAGUUUGGUACUUUUCCAUUUUUUUCUGAAGAUAUUAGACAGGUUAUGCAAAAAAUGAAGGGGUGCCAAUAAUGGUGAGCAUAUAUAUAUAUAUGUGUAUGGAGGCUGGAACGGAUUAAAGGCAUUUCCUUUCAUUUCGAUGGGGAGAGAUGAUUUGAGACGGAACAUAUUAAACUUGUGGGUACUCAAGGCGCCACUGUAUGAAAAUUGUCAUGACAGCACUGUCUAAAUUGUUUUCAGACAGCGACAAUUCCUUUAAAAAUAUAUAUUUUUUUUACAGGUGGUGUAAAAGGGACUACAUUGUACAUUGUUAGACUUAGAAGAUUUCCUAGUUGUUUUUUUUUUGUAGGAAUUUGGGGUAAUUGUGAAGGAGGGUCUACCCCACAAUCGUUUUGGGUUGAAGUUAAGGCUCAGUUUAGACAAUGAAAGUUUACAGAACCUUUCGAGCGCUCCUCGAUUACAAGGUGUAUCUCCAUACUUUUGUCUGUGUUUUAUUCAUCUAUAUUUAUUCAUAUUCAAGUCCCCUAAUAUAUAGGGAGACAUUUAAAAAAAUAUCCUGAUUGGACAAAAGUGCCAACUACAAAACAAAUAUGUAUAUAUAAAAAAAGAAAUAGGGUAAAAGGGUAAAACCACUUUGACUGCGGACCCAAAGCCAUACUCAUGAAGUAGGAAUGAUUGAGUGCACAUUCAUCUUGUAGUAUCUAGCUGAGAAAAAGACAGAUGGAUGUGAUUCUCGAACAGUAAAGAGGAGGAAGACAACCUGGGGAUGGUGAAGUGAAUCUUCCCAUGAGUCACACCAUCAUGAAAUUUGGGGGUAUCGAGUCUCACAUUUUGUUUUGUGUUGACCCAUGCUUCAAACAGGUUCAUUAUAUAGCGCGGUAAAAAAGAAAGCAAUCGCUCUGUAUUUCCACAAAAUGUGAAAAAUAUGCAAACUGUGUGUGAAGGGCUUCAUUCAAUGUCAAAUAGCCAUCGUUGAACCACUUUCGUAUCUACUAUUAAUAUAUGUUGUUUAUGCUCGUUUUACCCAUCCAAACACGUCCGAAAUGCAUAAAAAGCACUUGUAUAUUAUAUAUAAAUAAAAAUAUAAGUAUAUAUUGUAUAUCCAUUUUUUGUAAAGCUGUUUUGAGCUACAAAAGUAUGGAUGCAAUGCAUCAUGGGUUAUUGAACAAGAUGUAGGAGAAUACAAUGAUUUGUACCCACGGAGAGCCGGAAAUGGAAUAAAUCUCCCUUGUCUAUGCA